AGAGCGCGCGAGAGAAAAAUGAUAGAGCGACUUUGAACUGGAACGGAGGGAGAGAGAGAGAACGUGAGAAACAGCGACGCCUAGUGGUCGAGAGGCGGGGUUUGCUCUGUUACGUCACGCCACACAAGACCACGCCCAAAGAAGUGCGCGUGAGAGGGGCGGGCCCUAGUGUGACGUUGACACAAACCACGCCCAUCGAAGCGUCUGUUUACAGAAGUACAGGAGUGAAAUGAACCAUCUGAUCAGCGAUUAUGCAGUUUAUACUCAUAAAUAGUUUCAUUUGAAAUAUUAUUAUGCCUCGACGGACUCAUGAAGACACAGAACCCCUGCUUUCGUCCACUUAUAUCGACGAAGAAGAUGUCCAGGCUUCCAGCAGAAAGAAACUUUCAUAUGAGGAGGCUGUUGAGAAAGCAGGGUUUGGGCUCUUCCAUUGGCUGCUGUUGGUCGUCUGCGGGUGGGCAAACGCCAGCGAUGCUGUGGAGAUCCUGUGUGUGUCGUUCCUCCUGCCCACGGCACGCUGUGACCUCCACCUGACCUCGGCUGACAUGGGGCUCCUCACCGCCAGCAUAUUCCUUGGGAUGAUGGUGGGCGGUUAUGUUUGGGGCUAUCUGGCUGAUCGCAGAGGAAGGCGGAGCGUUCUGGUCAUCUCUCUGGCAGUGAAUGGCACAUUUGGGGCGGUGGCCAGUUUGGCCCCAAGUUUCUGGCUCUUUUUGCUCCUGCGGUUCUUCAGUGGAGUCGGGGUCGGCGGCUCCAUUCCAGUCAUCUUCUCUUAUUUUUCCGAGUUUCAGCCGCGUUUGAGGAGGGGGGCUAUGAUCAGCGCUCUAGCCGCCUUCUGGAUGGCUGGAAAUAUUUUAGCAGCAGGUGUGGCGUGGUUGGUGAUUCCCAGAACAUAUUUGAGUGCUCAUUGGGGUUGGUUGGAUUUUCAGAGUUGGCGUCUUUUCGUGGUCCUCUGCUCCGUCCCCAGUCUGUCAUCAGCACUUAUUUUCAGACUGUUCAUGCCAGAGAGCCCCAAGUUCCUCAUGGAGGCGGGACGUGAGACAGAGGCUUUGUCUGUGUUCCAGAAGAUGUUCAAACUGAACAACAGAUGCGCCAAAAAACCAUUUCCUGCAGCAGGUCUUAUGAUAAGAUCCAAAGAUGAUGAAGUAAAAAACAGACCCACUAGCGGCUCAAGAUGCCAGCGGCUCAGCCACCAACUCAAACAGGCUCUGGACCCCAUAAAACAGCUGUUUGCUGGACCGCUGGCUUCCAGAAGUGUCGUUCUGCUGGUUAUAUUUUUCUGCAUUUCAUUUGGGUAUUAUGGGUUAUGGAUGUGGUUUCCGGAGCUUUUUAAGAGAGCUGAGGAUGGAGGGUCUCCAUGUGCCAACAUGUCUCGAGUCCAAAGCUCAGAAAAUCAAAGCUGCUAUCCAGUCCAAACUGCAGUGUACAUGGAGGGUUUUGUAACAGCGGCUUCAAACUUACCAGGAAACAUCUUCACGAUCCUUCUCAUGGACAGAAUUGGCGGGAAAAUCCUGCUUUCCGUCAGUUUGCUGUUGUCCAGCCUGAGUGUGUUUGUCAUCUACGUGGUGAAGACUAAAACUCAGAGUCUGAUCGUGUCCUGCGUGUUCAGCGGUGUUUCUGUCAUCUCCUGGAAUGCUCUGGACGUGGUGGGAACUGAACUUUAUCCCACACAACUACGCUCGUCAGCUCUGGGGGUUUUCACUGGAGUGGGUCGUGUGGCGGCCAUCAUGGGAAAUGUAGUGUUUGGGCAGCUGGUGGACUCUAACUGUGCCGUACCUCUGCUGAUGGUGUCUGCGCUCCUGCUGGCAGGAGGACUGGCGGCUCUACGACUGCCUCAAACUAAACAGACUGAACUCACGUGAUACAAACACACACUCAAUUGACAUCAUCUGUCAAUCCUGUGAUUCUGGGACCAAACACUAAACCAAAGAGCUUUGACACUUUGCAAUUUUGCCUUAAUGUUGCACAAGUUCACUUUGAGAAUUCGGCCCACAGAGUCUGUACACUUUUUUGACAUGUUUUCUGUUCUGAUUGUGGGAGAAUAAUUCUUAAUGGUAGCCUAAAAUUAAAUUUAGUUGUGUUACAUUUUGCAUUAGUUAAUUUUAUAAUAUCAAAAAUAAAUAAAUAUGUAUUCUAUGAAUAUAUAUUAUACAUAAAAUAAAUUACACUGUUAUUGUUUAUACCAAUGUUGGGUGGUAUAUGAUUUCUGGUUUUAUUUUGCUGAUAUUGAAGAAUUGUAAUAGUUUAUAAAUGAAAUCAGAGGAUAUUCAGUUAACUUUAUGUUUGUAUUUUUGAGAGAUGUUUUUUUUUUCUAACCACUUUCAUUAUUGAGCCUGGAAAUAAACAGAACAUCCAAUGUU